GAGAAAUGCCUGCAAAGAAAAAACUUGAAGGCAAAGCUAAAGGUAAAGGAAGUACUCGGUUCUGCGGCCAUCGGACAGUCGUAACUCAUUUCUCAUUUCGUCUCAUUUCAGCCGGGAGUAUACCGGGGGAUACAGGAUCUGUGGCAACCGCGACUAUGGUUCGGCGCCAAAUGCCGCCGCGCGCCUGCAAGAGCAAGAGCCAGAGCGCCGCCAGGCCCAGUCUUAGUCCCAGCCGUCUGGCCAAGAAGCCCAGCCUGACGCCGACCACCGCUUCUCAGGCGCCAUCGCCGACCAUCGCAAAGUCGAGGCCCACCGGUCUCGAGACGAUUUUUGAACGGCCCGGCAAUGAGGACGACGGGCCCACCAGCAGCCAUGCCGUGGCAUUCGGCGAGUGCCAGCGCCGCGUCCUCGCCCUGGGUACGGGCGAAAAAAAAAGAACCCUGUCGCAGAAGAGCUGCCUGAAGGUGCGCAACACCUUGGGCGAACGCAGCACCCGGCACAUGAUGACACUGCGGGCGUCCCGCACUACUUUGGACAGCGUAAUGCUCGGGGGCUCGGACGAUGAAGGCGAGUCGGUCGGAGUCGCUCCCGCAGUCGCUCCCGUAGCUGCUCCCGAAGUCGUUCCCGCUGGAGGAAAUGCCGGUACAAAUCAGCCGGCACCAUUCGUGCUGCGCACCAGCAGGAGGCUCAAGAGUCUGCCUCCGUUUUAGAUUGUUGCACCUUCCACCCUCCAAAUGAAAGAAAAAGAAUAAAGAAAAGAAAAGCAAAGAAAAGAAAAACCCUCUACAGAAUGUCUCUUUUGCUCUCAUUGUAAAUUGAAGCGCCUCUUUCGGCGGAACCUACCCCAAGAGCGGAAAGCGGAGAUCAAUUAGAAUUGUGAACCCCAAAGCGAGCGAUUGAUACGAUACACUCACGAGUACUCAUGCCCAAGCCCGAGUACUCUGUCCAGCAUCCACAUCGGGGAAUCAACAUAAAUGGGUGGCUCCGCGGACGGUGUUCCAGCAGUCGCGCUUGGGCGGUCCGAGUGAGCAGUAACGGAUCUUCUGCAGAAAUCAGUGCAUAGAUACAGUAUCUGAAGGAUCAAAGUGUUGAAAAUCAAUUAAAAGAUGGACGAGGCUUCUGGCACGACGACAACCGAUGGCAAGUCCCUGGAUGAGGCGCCGGUGGCCGCAGGACUGGAGCCCACACAGCCGAUCGGCUUCCUGCAGCUCUUCCGCUUCUCCACCUGCGGGGAGAUCGCGUGGCUCUUCUUUGGGUACCUCAAGGCGUGGACCCUGCCCGCAGUGGUCAUCAUUUACAGCGAGUUCACAGCAGUGAGUACCGGGCACAGAUACUCCCGCAGAUGCAGAUUCAGAUACUCCAACCACAAUCUCUCUCCCUUCGAUUCUCGAUUCCGUAGCCCUCUCCGCUGCCACGAACAUCACCACGCUGUCGUUUCCCUUCACGAUGGCCAACAGCAGCGGCGGCGGGUACACCAUUCCCACGGGGACCCUGAGCAUCCUUCCCAUCGCGGCGAACGCCCAGCUGCCGACCAUCACGACAACGGCCAGUGGCUACGAGCCCAAUGACGGCAUCACCACGAUCCCCGUCUCGCUCUCCAUUCAGCGCUUCCCCUAGUCCCUGUCCAUCGUGGACCUGGCCCAGGAGCAGGACGGCUACAGCAACAGUGGCUCCAGCAACGGCAUGACCGUGGGGCCGGGUGCGGGCGGCGGCGGCGGCAUCACCACCACGGCCCUCCUGUCCGUGAAGCCCCUGAACGGCAGCGGCAACGGCAACAUUUCGCGGAACAACAGCUUCAGUCUGAGCUUCAACAUGCAGGACCCCACAGUGCGCUCCUCGGUGCGUUCGGCAGGAGCCCCCACAGUGGAUACAGUGGACAACUCUUCAUCCGGUGGCACGAUCGCCCUGCCCCAGAGCGGCGCCACGGCAACGGCAACGGCC